AUGGCAGCGGCAGAGGCGGUACAUGCUACUUAUCCUCCUCGGUUAACCGCUGAGCAGGAGCAGUUUCUGGUUUCGACGAUCAAGGACUGGACAAUCCAAAAUGGUCUGACUGUGAGACCGCCAGCGACAUUUGUUUCUCAGGACGCAGUCUCUAAAGGCGUUCUCGGAACGAAUGCACCAGUUACACUGUUUCCCAGCCCGUUUCCUCGGUCGUCAUUUGAAGAAGCUAGAGCAGUGCAGAAAAUAUACAACAAGCUAUAUGCAGAUAUAACACGAGACGAGAAAUGGCUGGGGGAGAUUAUUCAAGAGCUCCUCGAUGUUGACGACUUUGUCUCAGGUCUAUGGAAAGUUCACGAUGCCGUUAAAAAGGAAGGAUAUGUACAAGACUUGUCCUUGGGUCUAUUCCGAUCGGACUACAUGGAACAUACUCCAGCUGGCUCGGAGAACCCAUCCCUGAAGCAGGUGGAAUUCAACACAAUCUCAUCAUCUUUCGGCGGACUGUCCUCGCGUGUGGCGGCCUUGCAUUCAGAGCUGCUCUCAUUCCCCCCUGGGCAACCCAUUAAUUAUCCCUCACACCCAUUACUUGACGGAAGAGUGCCUCCGAAGAACACGGCCGUUGAAACUUUGAGCGCAGGGUUAGCAGCAGCUCACAGUGCUUAUGGUCCUUCCAAGAGCUCGCCUUCACUUCCUCUAUGUAUUAUUUUCGUCGUCCAAGAAGGCGAGCGUAAUAUCUUUGACCAAUUGGCGCUCUCAUCAAGGCUAUCGAACUUUCAUAAGAUUCCUGUCUUCCGAUUAAAUACAACAGACAUCUUGGACUUGACAUCGAUUCCAGGCUCUAAUUCUUCACGGCCUUUGAUAUACACCCCGCCUCAUGCUCCGUCUACAUCUUUUGAAGCAACAACGGUGUAUUUACGAGGAUUCUACGCGCCGACAGACUAUACAUCAGAACGGGACUGGGCCGCUCGGCUCCAGCUCGAGCGUUCUGCAGCCAUUAAAUGCCCUACGGUGCUCAAUCAGCUCUCCGGCUGCAAGAAAAUCCAGCAGGUCCUCGCAGAUCCCAAUCGGGAGGACCACCUUUCAAGAUUUUUGUCUCCCGGGGAUUCAGAUACUGCCGACAAGCUUCGCCGGACCUUUGCCCCACAGUACGAUCUCCACGAAAAUGGGCGAGGCAGGGAGCUUGCUCUGAAUGUGGAGACGGCGGCGUCCCACGUGCUCAAACCCCAGAGAGAAGGGGGCGGGAACAAUAUCUACAAGACAGCCAUACCGGGCUUUCUCCGGUCUAUCCCCGAAAAGGACUGGAAAAGUUGGGUUCUGAUGGAGCUGAUCCAGCCCCCGAGUGAAGCCAAGAAUGUGGCUCUUCGCAGUGAUGGGGCGGUUAUUAGUGGAAAUGUUGUCAGUGAAUUGGGCAUUUUUGGCACUAUAUUGUGGUCGUCGGAUGGCCGAAUCCUUCACAAUGAAGAAGGCGGGUGGUUGAUGCGGACGAAGGCUAAGGAAAGCGACGAGGGCGGGGUGGCAGCUGGGUUUUCUUCUCUAGACAGUGUUAUUCUUUAUUAG